UCCCGCAUCUAGGAAAGAACCAAACAGCAUGGGCUUAACUACAUGUUGGCCGACUUAGGAUUUCCUCUUUCGGAUCAAUUUUAGAACUCUCGUCUUCCCCCAAGACUCAAGACAAAGAUCAGGGACGACGUAAACAACGUUUCAUAUCUACCCUCUAAACCUGCCCAGUGCUUAUAUAGUCAUGGGGAGCGAAACGCUGGAAACCGUCCUUAAAACUCUUGAGGAUAAAUUUGGUCACACUGACUUUAAGAGUACCCUACAAAAAGAUGCUGUGUUAGCUGUAGUUCAAGGAUCCGGUGAUGUUUUUGUGUCUAUGCCAACUGGUUCAGGAAAAUCUCUUUGCUACCAGCUACCUGCUGUGAUAAAAGAGAGAUGUGUUGCUAUUGUAGUGUCACCUUUAUUAGCUUUGAUCACGGAUCAAAUAGAACAUUUAUUGAAAAGAAAAAUUGUAGCUGAGACUAUAAACUCCAAAAUGCUAAUGGAAGAUAGAAAAAGAGUUUGUAAUGACCUAAAGACAAAGUGCCCAAAUACUCAGUUGUUAUAUAUUACACCUGAGCAGGCAGCAACAAGUACAUUUCAGGAGAUUUUGGCCCAUUUACAUAAGCAUAAACAGAUUUCAUAUUUUGUGGUUGAUGAAGCACAUUGUGUUAGUCAAUGGGGCCAUGAUUUUAGACCUGACUAUCUAAAAUUAGGAAAACUUCGAGAAAAGUACAUGGAUAUUCCUUGCAUCGCGCUAACGGCUACUGCUACAGCGCAGGUUGAGAAAGACAUUUACGAGCAGCUCUCUCUCAAAUCCCCUGUAGCUCGUUUCAAGACCUCAUGUUUUCGGUCUAAUUUGUUUUACGAUAUCGUGUUUCAGAAUACGUCCGCCGACCCGGAAACGGAUCUAUCUCUUUACGCAUCUGAAUGGCUAGGGGAUAAUUGGGAUACACAACCUUUGAAAACUCGACCUUGCGGUAUCAUUUACUGUCGAACACGUGAAUCCACAGGAACCCUGGCUGAGAUUCUUAGUAAGAAGGGCAUUCCUACUAAAGCUUAUCACGCCGGCCUAAAAGACAGGGAGCGUGCAGAAGUUCAAGAUGAAUGGAUGACGGGAAAGAUUCCCGUGAUUACAGCUACAAUAAGCUUCGGUAUGGGAGUUGAUAAAGCGUCAGUAAGAUUUGUAGCGCAUUGGUGUAUGCCACAAAGUGUUGCUGGGUAUUACCAAGAGUCUGGGCGAGCAGGUCGUGAUGGACAACCUUCUGGUUGUCGAAUCUUUUAUUCCCGAAAAGAACGCAAGGCAGUAGAAUUCCUUUUAAAACAGGAUGUGAGCAAAAAGACCAAAAAAGGAGCGAAAUAUGAGAAACAAGCAAAGCAAAUGAUGAAGAGCUACGAAGCGAUGGUUCGUUAUUGUGAAAUACCCCAGUGUCGUCACGCGAUCUUCUCAUCAUACUUCGGAGAUAGUCCACCCGACUGUCAGAAAAAAUGUGACUUUUGUUUAGAUCCGAAAGCUACUGAAGAUAAAACACAAGCCUACUUUUCCUCCGAUGUUGGGAAAGUGCCCUCUCUUAACUCGUUUGAUGACGACAGUGAUUUGUACGGUGGUGGACGUCGUGGACAAGAAAAGGAAGCGGAUUUCUAUCGUAAAAGUAAAGAAGAAGGCGGUCCAAAGAAAGAUAAGAAUUCUUUACUCUCGAAACAGUUUUCACUUCGACGGGGAAGCGGCGGUAGUGAUGAAACGCCCACAAUAACGCCAGAAGAGCUUGAAGCUAUUCGGAAAUCACGGUUAACUGCUGCUGAAUCUACCUCAGUCAAAAUAGCGGGUUUGAAGAUUACUAGUCGUGAGAGCUAUUUCAAGCUGCUUCAAGAGGCAUUAUGGAAAAACUACACUCAAGCCCGUAAAGUUGAACCUGAUCUACCAAAUCUGAGCGAGGAAGACAUUUUGCUUCGUGCACGGGAUAUCGAAUACGGGGUCUUCUCCGCCACCACCGUCAUAACGAUUUACCGCCGUAAAAUGGCACUUCUGACCAGCGAAAUUAAAAAGAGCACGGACAAGUUCAACCUUUAUGAGCAUGUGAUUGACACGGGCAAUUCAGCAUUUUCUGGAAUCUCCUCCGACCUCGAAACAGAAAAUCCCAAAUCUGGUUUUGUCAAAGCCUCUGAUAUGGUAUUUGCAAUCCCAGCUACUACAGAAGAAAAACCAGCGAAGGAAGAUGAAGACCCCCCAAUUCAAGCUCCUGCUUCCCCUGUGGGAUCUAGUUUAUUUGGGAAGAAGAGGGUUUCUAGACUUGUAGUCAGCGAAAAUGGCAUGGUUGCGUCAUCAUCACUGUUGUCUACUCCUCCCAAACCUGCUAGCGCCGAUUCAGAUUUGAUUGCUAGAGCCAAAGAAGUGGAAGCACGGUUGUCUACUCAACUAAGCUUCAUGAGCAAGUCUUCAGGUGCGGAUAUAACUGCCAAAUCAACCAAUUCAGCGAGUGAUUCUGAUCGCUCGAGUAAAGCAAGGAAUGGAUCUAGUAAAGAGUCGUCGAAGGCGUCUUCAAAACCAACUUCUUACAGGUCUUCCAAGCGAUCGCAUGAACAUCAGCCUAGUUUGGAUCGCUUUUUAAUCUCCAAAAAGCAACGACUGGAACCGCAAGAGGAUAAUUGUCAGUCGGACACGAAACCAGCAGUUGCAGAAACCGAAAAACCGACAAGUGACUCGACCAGUGAAACAUUGAAGAAGGAGAAAGAUCAAGCUGAAAAACCCAUCAAACUCGAGUCUACACCGUCUAAAACGGAAAAGUCUAAAAGCAGUAGUAGAAGUGGUCGAUCCGAUGAAAAAGUGAAGCCAUCUCCAAAGGAAGGACAAAAGAUGAAUUCUUCGCUCAAAACUCCAGUUAAAAAAGCAGAUAAGUCAAAAAGUAGCAGCAGCAGCAGUUCUGGGGAAAAGACGAAGAGUGCAUCACUGGACAAGUCAAAAUCAUCUUCGGACAAGAGCAAGCAAGACAUAGCCAACUUGGUAAUUCGGUGCCUUAUGCCCUAUUAUAGCGAAAAGAAAAUCAGCUCACGCGAUGUAUUCAAAGCAUUGGCUCGACACUUAUCGCAUGUUGUACGCAGUUUGACACCUCCUUUGACAGAGGAAGUGGACGUGAAAGAAUUUAUUGAAAAGUUCUUCCAACAGAGGGGCGGGAAGAUUAAUUCAGAAGAGGAUUUUAAGUAAUACCUUGAUUGAGUUGUAAUAUUUAUCUACAUCACACACAUACACACAAAUAAAAUAAACAAAAAAACAGGAUCGGAAUUAAUGACAACUGAAAUUGCACGUGUGAAUGCGACCAUGCAUCGAACGUCGGACAGAAAAGGUGCCUUAAUGAAUUUCCCCCAGUCAAAACACAUAAUAAAGCUCGUGAUUGAA